AUGGAGAUCGCGCUGGUGACUUUGGAGAACGGCGGCACCACGGCCAUCGCGGGCGGCGACGAUGCCGCGGCCGCCGGCGGCCGGGCGCGCUGGCGGGGCAACUUGCUGCACCUCGCCGGCUCGCCGCAGCUGAGCGACGGCAAGGAGAACGCCCCGCCGCCGCCGCCGCCGCCGCCGCCCGCGGGGGACGAGGAGCGGGAGCGGCCCCCGCCGGAUCCCCGCGCGGGAGGCGGCGGCGGCGCGAGCGGCCCCGACGAGCGGCCGGCGGAGCUCCGCGCUGCCCUCGCGCCGCCGCCGCGGCCGCCGCCCCGCGCCCCACGCCCCGCCGCGGACAUGGGGCCGUCCGAGGAAGGGGGACACCGCCGGGGCAUGGCCAUGGCUGCGGCCGGCGAUGAGGAGGAGGAGGCGGCGGCGGCCAACCCGGGCGCCAUGCACCAUCAGCGGGUGCUGAUCAACAUCUCGGGGCUGCGCUUCGAGACGCAGCUGGGCACCCUUAACCAGUUCCCCGACACGCUGCUGGGGGACCCCGACAAGCGCAUUCGCUACUUCGACCCGCUCCGCAACGAGUACUUCUUCGACCGCAACCGGCCCAGCUUCGACGGCAUCCUCUACUUCUACCAGUCCGGGGGCAAGCUCCGCCGGCCCGUCAAUGUCUCCAUCGACGUCUUCGCCGACGAGAUUCGCUUCUACCAGCUGGGUGAGGAGGCCAUGGAGCGCUUCCGGGAGGACGAGGGCUUCAUCAAAGAGGAGGAGAAGCCCCUGCCCCGCAAUGAGUUUCAGCGCCAGGUCUGGCUCAUCUUUGAGUACCCCGAGAGCUCCAGCUCAGCCCGGGCCAUCGCCAUCGUCUCCGUGCUGGUGAUCCUCAUCUCCAUCAUCACCUUCUGCCUAGAGACCCUGCCCGAGUUCAGGGACGAGAGGGAGAUGCCCGUACCUCUGCCCCCACAAGGUGGAGGUUUAAAUGACACGCCCGGGGACUCCCCAGCCAUGCAGCCACCCAGUAGCCUGGCUGACCCCUUCUUCAUCAUUGAGACCACCUGUGUGAUCUGGUUCACCUUUGAGCUCCUCGUGCGCUUCUUCGCCUGCCCCAGCAAGCCCGAGUUCUCCCGCAACAUCAUGAACAUCAUCGACAUCGUGGCCAUCAUCCCCUACUUCAUCACCCUGGGCACCGAGCUGGCCCACGAGCAGCAGCAGCCCGGGGCUGGCAGUAGCAAUGGGGGUGGGGGCCAGCAGCAAGCCAUGUCCCUGGCCAUCCUCAGAGUCAUCCGCCUGGUCAGAGUCUUCAGGAUCUUCAAGCUCUCCAGGCACUCCAAGGGGCUGCAGAUCCUGGGACAGACUUUGAAAGCCAGCAUGAGGGAGCUGGGCCUCCUCAUCUUCUUCCUCUUCAUCGGGGUGAUCCUCUUCUCCAGCGCUGUCUACUUUGCUGAGGCCGAUGACCCCGAGUCUCAUUUCUCCAGCAUCCCUGAUGCUUUCUGGUGGGCUGUGGUAACCAUGACUACUGUGGGCUAUGGGGACAUGAGACCUGUCACUGUGGGGGGCAAGAUUGUGGGCUCCUUGUGUGCCAUCGCUGGUGUGCUCACCAUUGCCCUCCCUGUCCCUGUCAUUGUGUCCAACUUCAACUACUUCUACCACCGAGAGACUGACCAUGAAGAGCAGGCUAUCCUCAAAGAUGAACACAGUAGUGCUCAGGGCAGCACUGUGGGGGGAGAAGUGAAGAGAAGACCCAGCAAAAACUCUCUGAACAAAUCUGUUGUGCACUUGGAAAACAGUGAGGAGUUCAACAAUGGCACCAGCUCCUUAGAGAAAGCAAAUAUCAAAGCAAAAAGUAAUGUAGAUCUCAGAAAAUCCCUCUAUGCUCUCUGUCUGGACACCAGUAGGGAAACAGACCUGUGAGGAGAGGAGACAGUUAGAGUUCAGAGGGGCAGAAGGAUUUUCUGGUGUCAGAAACUUGCUACUAUAAUUACUCUUUUAGUACCAAUUAGUUUUUUAAGUCAGGCUGUACUUUAUAAAUUGAUCACUGUCCUGAGCAGUCCUCCAGGAAUACAUGUUUUUGUGGUUUUUUUCCAUGACACAAAGGGUAACCUAUUUUUAAAAUAGACUAAGAAUAAGCACCACUCCAUGAUGCAGGAGCUGGUAAAUUAUGACAGUGAAAAAUCUAAUUUGUAGAAACUUAUUUUACGAAUGACCAUUGGUUUUGAAUGGGUAAUUUGUAACCAAUUCAGUUGCUCCGAGUCUAGUGUAAAGUACUGGGGGGAUGUGUGUGUGGAGAAUGAAUGGAUUGGGGAUGGGAGGGAGGAGGUUGAAGGGUUUUGUAUUACAGUUUCAAAUUGAAAUUAUUCAAAUAUAUUUUGUAUCUGUAUGACUGUAUUUAUGGUUGAAAGGAGAUUUCUUAUUCAUGUGAAAUAUGAUAUCAUUAAAGCACUAGGAACAUUAGCAAAUCAGCACUUUCUGAGUUUUCCAGUAGUGAUCAGCACAGAUCUGGUUAUCUUGUAUGUGAAGUGAAUUUGGUGCUUUGAACCCUAGAGCAGAAAACUUCUAUUGUUAUUGAUAUGUUAGUUUCUUGUGAGCCUUAAAUUAUUAAAUAUUGUAGAUAUACUUCUUUAUAAUAAUUUUAUUAGUUACCUUCCUGUUUCAGAAUUUCUAAGUCAUUCAGUCAUGUGCUUACUGGCCCCACUCAAAAAAGUAUGUGCAACUUUUUCUUUUUUUUUUUUUUUUGUGGUUUUACAGUUUUGUAUCUUUGUUAUAUUGUUGAGACCUAAAGGAAAAAAAAUACACUCUUCUGCUGUUACUAGUUUAAAUCUAGUGCACAGCGAAUCUAAAGUGAUCUGAACAGAUUUUCAAGUGCACAACAGAUCAAAAACAUGAGGGAGUGGAUAGGCACAAUGAGAAAGUUGAAUAUUGAGUGUAAUAUCUGCAGAACUGUUUUCAUUGUACACUCAAGAUUCCUUGAGCGUGUGUAUCAGUCGCCUUUAUGUAUGCACACACCAUUUGUGUACACAGUUCUCUGGUUUUAGUUCUCUCAGACUGGGAGUGGAUGGCACUUCAGGAGUCAAACGUGGCAUGCUGUGCUGCUUCAGCAACCAUCGUGUGGCUUUUCUCUUGGACACGGAUGAAAAGCACCAUGUUUUCAUCAAAACACACCCCUGGUUUCUUGUAUUUCCAAACAAAACCUUCUCAGUGCUGUGGAUUUUACAGUUGAGGUGUUGAGAGACGAGUGACACCUUGCCUUCAUCAGGAUCACAGCUAACUCUGAAGACUGACGAAAAGUUGCUCCUUUAGCUCAAAGAGCUUUCUUACAAUUUCUCUUGCAAAGGACAUCUUUGUUUCCCCCUCCAACUUCUGUUGUAUUGCUGAAGGAUGGUCCAUGCCUUUCCCACAUCCUGUGGCACAGCAAGAGUAGCAGAGAAGAGAAGGCUUGAUUGUCAACAUCGCUCAAGCCUGUGAUACAGGUUAUUGACCUUUGAGACAGAGCAGAGAUCCGUUCUGAAUUAGGUGAAGUGUCUAAGAGAGGUGAAAAGUCUGUGAGGCCAAAGCUGAAGGAAAAGUCAGAUGCCGGAGACAGCAAGACGACAGAGAAAGAAAAACAGAAAUGACCACGAGGUCAAUUUGCCCCCGACCUAAGAAUUCCUUUGAUAAAGGAGAACUGGCGAUAAAUGUCACGCGGAAUGAAUAUGUAUGAACCUAUUGUGAAGCUGUAUGCAUAUGCAUUUGGAAGGGGGGAUAAAAGGAGACCUGAGAUCUUCAGGGGCACGCAUGCCUUUUGAGGAGAAUUUUCUCCGUAUGCGUCCGGCGCCGUAAAUAAACAUACUGGGCUUUACAACUUUUAUAAA